UACACCGAGGAGCCUGCUGGCUACACACCCAGCUAAUAUGGGGACCAACGGAGCCAUUCGGCUGGGUUCAGCAAUCCUUGGCUUACUCCUGCUCCAAGGCUACAGCUCUCAGGCUACAACAACUCAGACCUCUCAGGGAGAUAAAUCUUCCUCAGAGCCUGGUAGCACAAGGUUUCUGCUGAGCACCGUCACUCCAGAAAUUCUACAGAAGGCUUCGCAAGGCUCCUUGGUGUCCAGUCAGCCUGUGACGCCGAGGUCAAGCACCAUGGGUAAUCACUCCCUUUCUGUGCCCGGCUCCAUGUCCUACCAGCCACAGAAGCACACACUGGGACCUGAUGCAGGCACAGGGACCCCAGAAAGCAGCAGAAGCAGCAGCAGCAGCAGCAGCAGCAGCACUGGCAACAGCAGGAGAGGAGAAGCAUCUCUAAGUGCUACUCCCAGUCCAGCAACCACCAGCCUGUGGACCAGGGAAGAUGUGACCAUCCUGCCUAGCCCCACGUCAGAGUCAGUGCUCACUGUGGCUGCCUUUGGUGUUAUCAGCUUCAUUGUCAUCCUGGUGGUUGUAGUGAUUGUUCUAGUCAGUGUGGUCAGUCUGAGGUUUAAGUGUCGGAAGAACAAGGAUUCGGAAGAUCCACAGAAACCAGGGAGCUCAGGGCUAACUGAAAGCUGUUCCACAGCCAACGGAGAGAAAGAGAGCAUCACGCUCAUCUCCAUGAAGAACAUCAACACGAAUAAUAGCAAAGGCUGCACCUCUGCGGAAAAGAUUUUUAAAAGUGACCUUGAGCCCAGGGUCCAAAUGUGAUGCAGCUGUCCAGUGAUCAGGAGGAAGAGAAGAGAUGAGAUGGGCGAAGGCAGCAGAUCACAUAUAAGUUAUUUUGUUAUGUGUCUGCUCCCAGCUCUAAAGGACAUGAAAUUCCUCUCGAUCUAGAAGCAACCUACCAUGAGAGCGACUCCUUCCCACUUGGAAGCCACUCUAGACUUUCAACCUGCCUCCCUCCUCCUCAGGAACACAAGGAUGAGGAGUGAACAGGGCAACAUUUAAGGAAGUAAUAAGGUGGACUGGUCCAGUCUGCUCGAAUUAAAGUUAUUUUCUGGGGCUGGAGAGAUGCCUCAGGCUCAGAGUUUAAGAGCACCGACUGUUCUUUCAAAGGUCUUGAGUUCAAUUCCCAGCAAUCAUGUGGUGGCUCACGACCAUCUAUAAUGAGAUCUAGUGCCGUCUUCUCUCGUACAGGCACACAUGAAAGCAGAACGCUG